AUGCGCCACCCACUCCUAGCAGCAGCCGCAGCCCUCUGCACCUCCCGCAUAUCCGCGCUCCCCGCCGCCUCCUGGCGCUCCCAAUCCAUCUACCAGGUCGUGACGGACCGCUUCGCCCGCACCGACCUCUCGACGUCCGCGCCCUGCGACCCGGCCGCCCAGGUCUACUGCGGCGGCUCCUGGCGCGGCCUGAUCGCCAAGCUAGACUAUAUCCGCGGGAUGGGGUUCACGGCGGUGUGGAUCUCGCCGGUGGUGGCGCAGGUUGAGGUGGAGGGGGGGUUGGCGGAUGGCUCGUCGUAUCAUGGGUAUUGGGCAAAGGAUAUCUGGGCGCUGAACGCGGCGUUUGGGGAUGAGAAUGAUUUGGUGGAGCUGUCGGCCGAGUUGCAUGCGAGGGACAUGUAUCUCAUGGUCGAUAUUGUUACCAACCAUAUGGCGUGGCAACCGCAGGCCUCGUACUACCACUCUCCCUGUCCUAUUGACUACGACAGUCAGACAUUGGUCGAGGUGUGCUGGCAAGGGAGUGACGUUGUCAGCGAAGCUGUGCGAAGCGUCUGGAACGAGUGGGUGACGGAGAUGGUUUCCAAAUACUCCAUUGACGGCCUGCGAGUUGAUAGUGCGAAACACGUCGAGACGUCGUUCUGGUCAGGCUUCUCGGACGCAGCGGGUGUGUAUCUCCUCGGCGAAGUCUUUCAGGGGGACCCACUCUACUACUGGAUACUUAACGCAUUCAAGUCACCCGACGGCAGUAUCAGCGAGUUGGUCUCUGGCCUCAACACACUGCGUGGUGUGGCCCAAGACCCAAGCUUGUAUGGCUCCUUUUUGGAAAACCACGACAUUGAGCGGUUCCCUUCUUUUACGGAGGACACGGCACUGGUGAAGAAUUGUUCUAACCGGCCGUGGAAAGGUAUCCCGAUCAUAUACCAGGGCCAAGAGCAACACUACUCCGGCUCAGGCACCCCCCAAAACCGUGAGGCACUCUGGUCCUCCGGAUAUUCAGAGACGGCCGAAUUGUACACCUGGAUCGCCAAGCUCAACCAGAUCCGGAGCCAAGCCAUAUCCCAAGACGACGGCUACCUCUCCUACAAGAGCAACCCCAUUUACUCGGACAGCCACACCAUCGCCAUGCGCAAGGGCCAGCCCGGCGCGCAGGUCGUGGGCGUCUUCACCAAUGUCGGGACCUUCUCGUCUGCUGAGGCCACCCUUCCCUCGUCGGCGACGGGCUUCGAGGCCGGCCAGGCGUUGGUUGACGUUAUGGGCUGCACCGAGCACACCACAGACUCAGGGGGCGGUAUCGCCGUCACCCUCGCCAGCGGGCUCCCGGUCGUGCUGUAUCCCAAGGCCCGGCUCUCCGGGAGCGGUGUCUGCGAUAACUCGACACGGUCGCUGUGA